GAGCUGCGGGAAGCGGAUUUAUGGAUUAGAGGCUGAAAUCCCGCAGAGACCCGGUGCUUCAACUCUGGAACUGGGUUCUUCUGAGUCCGAAAAACUGGUUCUGACCGAAUCAGAACCACAAAGUUCUGAGAGGACCAGGAGAAAAGAAAGAACCGCAGCUGCGAAGGGACGCAGAACCCGGUCUCCUUGACAACAGCGGACUCACCUGAGCAAGUGAUCAGCAUCCUGCCAUCAUGUCGUCUGUGGAGUCCAGCGGUGACGGGGGAAGGUGGCUAGAUGCCCACUACGACCCGGUGGCCGGUCUCUACACCUUCUCGUCCUGUGUGGACCUGGCGGACCUGAGCGGGGACGGGGAGAGUCGGCUGGUGGUGGGGGACCUGGGAACCGGCUCCUCCGGCAUGAAGCUGAAGGUAUACCGGGGCACGGCUCUAAUGAGCGAGAGCGUCCUGCUGGACCUGCCCUCAGGACUCGUGGCCUUCUUCAUGGACCUGCAUGAGCCCCGGAUCCCCGCCGUGGCCGUGGCCUCCGGACCCUGCAUCUACGUCUACAAGAACCUGAGGCCGUACUUCAAGUUCACCCUGCCCAGUCUGGAGAUCAACCCACUGGAGCAGGAUGUGUGGCAGCAGGUGAGGGAGGGUCAGAUUGACCCCAUGACCCUAAAGGAGAUGUUGGAGAGCAUCAGGAAGAAGGACGACAUCCCGCUAUCUAUCCGAUCGCUCAGGUUCUUGUCUCUAGACGUGAACGACAUGGAUGAGUUUGUCCAGCUGCACAGACAGCAGCCAAUCAAGAGGCAGACGGUCAUCACUUGCAUCGGGACCCUGAAGAAGAGCACAGCAGACGAGGACGGAGUCAGCUGUCUGGUGAUUGGUACAGAGGACUGUACCGUCUUUGUCCUUGACCCCGAAGCUUUCACUAUCCUGUCCAAGAUGUCCCUGCCUGCUGUCCCCACCAUGAUGGACGUGACCGGUCAAUUCGACGUGGAGUUUCGCAUCACGGUGGCAUGUCGAAACGGUAACAUCUACAUCCUACGCAGGGAGUCGGACAAACCAAAGUACUGCAUCGAGCUAUCGUCCCACCCCACUGGUCUGGUGAGGGUCGGGAAGAACGUGGUGGUCGGCUGCACUGAUGAGAGUCUGCAGGGCUUCACUCAGAAGGGGAAGAAGUUGUGGAAGAUCAACCUCCCUGCCCCCAUCACCACCAUGGCUGUCAUGGAACUACCUACCAGGGGUUUUCAGGGGGUUCUGGUGGGCUUGGCAAACUGUGAGGUGCAUCUGUACCGGGACAAGAACUUGCUCAGCACCAUAAAGACUCCAGACACAGUCACCAGCAUCUGCUUCGGUCGGUACGGCCGCGAGGACGGUACCCUCAUCCUGACCACUAAAGGAGGCGGGUUGAUGGUGAAGAUCUUGAAGAGGACGGCAGUGUUUGAGGACCGGGACAGCACCUCCGGUCCGCCUCUGGCCCAGAGCAUCCGUCUUAACGUCCCCAAGAAGACUAAGCUGUAUGUGGACCAAACGUUGAGGGAGAGGGAGAAUGGCCUGUCCAUGCAUCGGACCUUCCAGAUGGACCUGAGCCGCACAAGGCUGGCAGCUGCCAGAGCCUACAUCAAGGCUCUGGAGUCCAGCCUAACCCCGGUCUCCUCCAGCCUGUCUGAGCCACUCAAGUUGAACGCUGUAGUCCAGGGCCUGGGUCCGUCUUUCAAGCUGACCCUGAACGUUCAGAACACGGCGGCCUGUCGGCCCAUCAUGAGCCUGGCCAUUAGCUUCCUGUACGACGAGAACCUGUACAGGGUGAGGAACCCGUACAUGAGGAUACCGCUGCUGGUUCCCGGACUCAUCUACCCCGUUGAGACCUUUGUGGAGUGCACUAACGACAAGGGGGUCUCUGACAUCAUCAAGGUGUUUGUGCUGCACGAGGGGAAGAGUUCACCGCUGCUGACGGCUCAUAUUAACAUGCCGGUCAGCGAGGGGUCAGCUCUGAACUGAAACUCUGCUGCUGAUCUGAUGAUCCAUCAGAUGAUCCACUGGUCUGCAGACUGAUCCCCUGAUCUGAUGAUCCCUGGUUUGUAGACAGAUCCUCUGAUCUGAUGAUCCCUGGUCUGUAGACCGGUCCUGUGGUCUGAUGAUCCCUGGUCCGUAGACCGGUCCUCUGGUCUGAUGAUCCCUGUUCUAUAGACUGGUUCCCCCCUGUUCUGAUGAUCCCUGGUCUAUAGACCGGUCCCAUUCUGAUGAUCCCUGGUCUAUAGACCAAUCCUCUGAUCUGAUGAUCCCUGGUUUGUAGACAGAUCCUCUGAUCAGAUGAUCCCUGGUCUAUAGACUGGUCCCCCUGUUCUGAUGAUCCCUCCAUGGUCUGUAGGCCGAUCCUCUGAUCUGAUGAUCCCUGUUUUGAAGACAGAUCCUCUGUUCUGAUGAUCCCUGGUUUGUAGACAGAUCCUCUGAUCUAUAGAUCGGUCCCCCUGUUCUGAUGAUGGAUGGGUUCAGACUAAUCGGUCUCUCUGCAGCUCCUCCUUCAAAUGAAGUUCUCAUCCAUCAUGAAGGUAAAUAUCUGCGUGCUGAUUGGUUAAACCAUCAGUUAAAAUGGUCUUUGGUUCCUUUAAGUUUUAGUUUGGUUCUGUGAUGAUGAUGAGUUUUAUUGACCAUUUAGAAAGAAUACAUAACUGUUUCUGAUCUUUAUGAAAAAUACUAAAACAGAAAAAUGUGUAUAAAAUGUUCUGUAUUUUUAAAUGUAGUUUCAAAUAAAUUUAAACAUUUA